AUGUUCGUCCCUGAUCUCAACCAGAACACUCCAUCCUGUGACCCUGCUACCAACGCGGAAGAACAGGGCGCAUCUCACCCUUUCUUCCCUCUUCACGGCGAAGGUGAUCACCCUUAUCCCAGCCCAUGGCCUUUCCAGUCUGGUAACGGUCAAGGCGGUCGCCCAGACCAUCCCUACAUAUCUUCAUGGGCCCAAUCCAACAACAAUAAUCAAGGCAACAAGGCCAACGAAAUCGGUAAUACCUCCGCUUCCCGCAAGCCAUACCCUGUCCCGGGCCAGGCCCAGCAGCCUCAUAUUCCAUGGCAUCAGCCCCAUGCCUAUUUCGGUCCUUCGGAUGGUAGGAAGCCUUCUCCUGCCCCCUUUGAUGACGACAAUCACCAACCGCCCCAUUGCAAGCCAUACCCCUACUCUGGAUCGGCUGAUGGCCAUAAACCGUACGGCUAUCCGGAGGCGGCCCCGUGGGGACAGUUCCGCUCCUUCCCAUGGGGAAAUAUUGACCAUUCCAAGCCUCCCUUUUCUCGUGAACCUUGUGUGUUUCAGGGUGGGCUGUAUAGUGCAGGUCCAUUCCCCCAACAACCUUCCAAAAACUCGGGUAACUCUUAUGAUGCGACUCCCUUCCCUCAGCACUUCGGAGAGCCUCACGCGUCCCACGGUCCAUGGGGAUUCAUGCAACAAACACCCUGGACACGCCUGCCUACUCGAUCCGACAAAUACAUUCCCGAGGUUGAUGUAUUCAACACUGCUGGGGCGUUUGUGAUUCACGUGCCGCUCCCUGGCGCGAAGAGGGAAGAUAUCGAGGUUAACUGGGAUUCGAAGAGGGUGGAACUCAGCAUUACCGGUUUGAUCAGCCGACCUGGCUCUGAGGACCUGGUCAAGACAAUUGUGUUAGAUGAGCGCAAGGGUGGGACGUUUGAGCGCAAAGUGCGAUUGGGCAGUCGGGCAAAUCCCCCAAAGGUAGAUGCAGAUGCGAUUUCGGCCAAGUUGGAGGAUGGUGUUCUUGUUGUCGAGGUGCCAAAGAUAGAGUCUGAUGAUUUUGAGGUUAAGAAGGUUGAGGUUGAGUGA